UACGAAAAAGAUCGAUCUGAGAUUUGUUUAUAAGAUCUUCACCGAGAGAACGUUGCUCAGUUAGUGUGUGUGAGGCGAACGCGCGCGCCGUGCUACAUCAUGAAGCUGUACAUAACAUUAUGUUUGUUUUCUCUCGCUAUGACAACUAUGGCAGACAAAACGAAUCUCGACCAAGUACUCCACGAUGGCAGCAAGCAAUUUACCGCGAAAAUGUUUUACGAAGUAGCAAAAGCUAAUAAAGAGAGAAGCAUCGUCCUAUCGGCGUACUCUGUGAUGCCGCCUCUUGCGCAGCUGGCUCUGGCUUCAGUCGGUGAAUCGCAUGAUGAAAUUCUUAAUGCCAUUGGAAUGCCUAAUGAUGAUAUCUCCAAGGCCGCUUUUUCAUCAAUCACUUCGAAAUUACGUUCAAUAAAAGGCGUAACGUUGCAGACAGCCAAUAAAAUAUAUAUUGGAAAAGAUCUAGAAUUAAACAAAAAAUUUGCUGCAGUCGCCCGAGAAUCAUUUGAUUCGGAAACAGAGAGCAUUGAUUUCUUGCAGAGAGAAGAAGCUGCUAAAAAAGUCAACGCUUGGGUGGAAGAUCAUACAAAUCAUCGUAUAAAGGAUUUGGUUGAUCCAAAGCAACUUACCGUGGACACUCGAGCUCUUUUAGUCAACGCAAUUUACUUUAAGGGUACAUGGAAAAAAGCUUUUGACGAAAAUGAAACUAGACCAAAAGAAUUUCAUUUAUCUAAAGAGGAAGCAGUUUAUGUACCUACCAUGCAUAGCAAAGGUCAAUACAAAUACACAGAUAACCAAGAACUUAAAGCACAAAUUCUCGAAAUUUCAUACGAAGGAGAUGAAACGUCAUUCGUCAUGGUAUUACCACAUGAAAUAGAUGGCAUUAAUGACUUAGAAGAGAAACUCAGAGAUCCAUCAGCUCUUGACAAAGCUAUGAAUCAUUUGAAAGAGACGGAAGUUGAAGUAUAUCUCCCCAAGUUCAAAAUUGAAACAACUACGGAUUUAAAAAAAACUUUAGAAAAAAUACAUCUUAAAAAGAUGUUUACUCCAGGAUUAGCUAAAUUAGAGAAGCUUAUUGAAAACCGAGGCGACUUAUACAUAGAUUCAGCUGUACAGAAAGCCUUCAUCGAAAUUAAUGAAGCAGGUGCAGAAGCAGCGGCUGCGAACGGUGAGUGGAAUAUUAUAUACGUAUAA